AUGACGGCUCCUCACUCCGCGGCCUUCCAACAGGCCAUAGACUCCACUGACCCUCAUCUCACGGACCCCUCCCUCCUCAAGGAUCACUCAGACUUCAAGUCUUACAGCACCAGCCGCUUCGAAUAUUCCGGGAUCCGAGUCUUCUACCGCCAGCAUGCUAAAGCCGAACAGCUGCCCAAGAACCCCGCGCCGCUACCGCUGCUCGUUUUCCUCCAUGGACUUGGAGGAUCUGUCGCUCAAUUUCACCCACUGUUGAGCAGUCUUGUUGACCUGGCCCCCUGUUUGGCAAUCGACUACCCCGGAUGCGGACGGUCCGACUUCUCGGUCACCAGUUGGGAAGCUUACACGACAGAGGCCCUGGUAGAGCUCCUGGAGAUCAUCAUCGAGGAUUACCGCGACAAGGAUGCAGGUCAACGUGUCGUUCUGAUCGGUCAUAGUAUGGGAACGGCUCUUUCUGCCCAAUUGGCUAACACGAAGCUGGCCCAUGCAACCUCUCUGUCACAGUAUGUGGUAGGAUUGGUGGCUAUUUGUCCAGUGUCCAGCCCACCCAAUGAGUCAACGACUACAUGGGCCAGGAGGGCGUUGCGAAUUCCAGGCUGGCUAUUCGAUCUGUGGAGAGCCUGGGACGGCUGGGGUGGUCCGGAGAGCCCAAGUGUCAAGCGUUUCGUUGGAGAAGGUGCUGAUGAAGCAACCCGAAUUCUCCAGUACCGCUUCAACAAGCAGAGCCGGACCCCAGUCUGGAGGCGAAUGGCGAACGGCGCCUUGCCAGUUUACAAGGACGGUCAACCGAUAGGCGGCAUUCCUACUUUGGAUACCUGGGCGGGCCUGGAUAUUCCUGUUUACCUGAUCGCGGGGGAGAAUGACAACAUCGUCUCCCCCAAGGAGGUUGACAAGAUCACCAAAGUCCUGGACCCUGAGAAAGAAACAUCAAAGCCCGAUGACGGAGAAGAGACAGACCAAACGAUUGUUGAUGCUGCUGCUCCUGUCAACACCUCGGUACGGCCACGAGAUCACAUCCCUCAAGCCAUUGACGAUCUUCGGGAUGAGGAUUUCCAAGUCAUCAGGCAACCCAGGUCCGAAAGCUCCAGCAGCGAUAGUCCUAAUGAUCCUUCGACUCCAAACGAGACGCUGGCCGAACUGCCACCGCAGCCGAAUCAUCCCAAGAAGGUGGUUAGAUCCAUUGUGAUGCCACCUCCUGCAACGCACGCCGUUCUAUAUACCCCCUGUUCAGUUCGUGCCGUUGCAGGAUUAAUAUCCGACUUCCUCGCUACGCAUAUCACAAACAGACUAUCCCUUGCUUGGCAGCUGCAGUAUCUAUCCCGUGAAGGAAAGUGGGAUGUCAAGAAUCUCGCCAAGUGGAAGUCAGUCAACCCCGUCUCUGAGCCGAUUGGCCCUGUCGACAACCCUGUCUUCCGCGCCCUCAAGACACUUCGCGAAGCCGACGACGUCCACUGCCCACCCAACUUUGUCGACAAGUGGGGUGACAUUGUUAAAGAUGUUAUCGACAUCUCCAAGGACCAACCCGUCUAUGACCCCCGCGGACUGGAUCGGGCUGGCGUUCAUUACCACAAGUUUCCUACCGUGUCCAAGAUCCCCCCACAGGCCCACGAGAUCGAGGCCUUUAUUAAACUUGUCGAUGGACUCCGCGAGAAGCAGGCGGAGCGGGCUGUCGCCGAAAACUGGCCCAACCCAGAAAAGUGCGUCGUUGGAGUCCACUGUCAUUACGGCUUCAACCGCACGGGAUACUUUAUUGUGUGCUAUCUCGUUGAGCGGUGCGGCUAUGGUGUCCGAGAGGCUAUUGAUGCGUUCGCCAGGGCCCGACCUAAUGGGAUCCGCCAUUCCCACUUCUUGGACAGGCUAUAUGUGCGAUACAACGUGGAUGCUGUCCCUCAUACCGAGACUUGA